GAACGGAGCUUAGGUUCGUCUGGUUUAUUGUGGAGCCCUGCCACUUCUAGUCACGGCACGACACGGGGACAGAUGUGCGCUGGCGAGUGAUGACGAGCCGGAGGACUUUUCCCCCAGGAAAGCGCACACACGCCUCUUGCUUUGUGUGUAUGUGUAUGUGAGAAUUUCUGUGGCGCCGCGAUCCCGGAAGUGACGUCACACUGCCAAGACCCCGGAAGUGAUCUCACAGCGACAGGAGGCCGGGCUGUGGCAGUGGGUCGGUUUCCGUAACAUUGGUUUCUUGUUUGAUAAUGGAAUCAACCUCAAAAUUGCCAGAGAAUCCCCUUGUUUCCAGCACAGAGCAAGAACUCAAGGGAACACCACCAUCUGUAGGCUUUGAUGGUUCUUGUCCUUCACCUUUCAAUGGCAUUAUUCAAGAUAUUAACCAGGUGCCUUUGAGUUCAGAGCUGAAAGAGCAGGAGCCUGUUCAGUGGAUGGAGUGUCUGAACCCUGAGCAUUCCAGCUUUUCAAAGGAACUCAAACUUGCUUUGCAAACUGAUCGCCACUAUGUGCGGAGCUAUAUUUACGCAAGCAAUAACUCUUCUAAUGCCGUCGAGACACCUCCAUCUUCCAGUACCAACCUCGCUGAAUCUGACGAACUUGUAUCAGAGAAGAAUGAAGGGAGAAUGAUGAUGUGGAUGGGAGCUAACAGGCUCCCAGAUGGUAGCCCAUCGGCGAGGAUUAGAGAAGAACAUCAGGAAAACGUGGCUGGGAUUGCCUCAUCUUCUGGGACCCAAAAUGUCAAAACCGGCAAGUUCAAUAUUAAGGCAGUUAGCUCAUCCUCUCGAAAGCUCCUUCGCUUGAAGAAGUGUCAGAGGACCCAGCAACAGAAAGAACAGAUGCAGCGAAUGCGCAGGUCGAGGGAGGUUAUGAUCCACAGCAAAUGCACUCCACAGUGGAUUGGCAGCUCUAGUGAUGGAGGCUCCAGCAGCAAUUCAGAAAUUGAUGAGGUCAUUACCUGUGACAUUGACCAGACCAACCAUCAGGAACCUCUAGAACAAAUGGAUGAAGAUGACGUUUUGGUUGUUGAGCCCCUACCUGGGUCCGCGUUGCCAGUUAAUGAAGAAGUAAAUAUCACUACCAUUGACAGUGAGGUGGAAAUCAUCAAUGUUGUUGAUGAUGAAAGGCCAUCAGUAUCGGGAGCAUGGAGUGGCCGCAUUAUGAAAAAAUUAGCAACUUCCAAUGUCCAGGCUCCACCUGGGCACCGAACAACAUCCGCCGAGGUUGUAGACCUUACGAUCGACGAUAAUGAUCCGCUGACUGUACAGGGUGAUCAACCUCUUGAUGAGUCCCUCAGUAGUCCUGAAGUUGUACAGCCAAGAUUGCCUGCUUGUUCAUCAUCAGCAAUAUCAUUGCCAGUCAGCAUCGGUGCACUGAGCUUACCAUCUGCAUCCUUCAGUACCACAGCUGCUUGUACAUCCAUCAUCAGCUCAGCAGCUUCCCACAGGACAUUGGGAGAGAUGCCUAUCAUCUCAAGCAGUACAAGCCUAAUGUCAACAUCCUGUCAACACCAGAGGUCAUCAAAAUACACUGCCUGCUGUACUCAGAGGUGUCUCUGCAGAUCAACGAGGCUGGUGUCUCACCAGUCCUGCCCUGGCCAAUCUUACUUCCAGCAGUACCAUAUCAGCCAGGGCCAGGUGUACCAUGUACAUUGUUCACAGCCUCAGCACCUCCAUUCUCACUCCCAGUUCCUCAACCAGCAAAGCCAGCAGACCUGGGUACACUCACCAUACCCACAGAUCCCAUCUCUGGGGUUCCAGCACGUUCAGCAGGGCAGUUCACAAUCUGUAUUCAGCAGUGUUGGCUCACGAGUUGGAGAAUCCUCUGCUAACCAGGAGAAUCAGGCUUCUUUAUGUGACCUGACUAACCUGGCAGAAGAUGUUGAUGGGGUUGAAGCUGUCCAGAAGAGCAGUGCCCAGGUACCAUCUUGGCCUGCCCAUAGUUCCCAGGAGAUGGAAGUGAAUGGAAACCAGCCACCGACUGUUUUGUCACCAAUCCUUUGGCAUUCUCAUGGUUCUCCUCUAAAUGAGGAUUCUGCAUUUUCAAAUGCUUUAUCUCGCCCCACACCCUCUACUCAGGUAGCGAGCCAGUCCUGUCAACCUCCCAUAUCAGCCAGUUACCCCAUUGCCCGCCCUGUACCAUCUUAUCAUGCGCGCAUGCAGACCGGGCUCCUGACCUCAUACAGGCCUACUGCUUCGCAGCGGUUUUCGACUCUGCCAGCUACUCAACAACCAGUGCCACCUCUACACUUGGUGCCAUUUCAGCAGCCACCCUUGACAGCCACUCCUGUGUUGAUGAAUACCCCAUUAGUAUCGGCCAGUACUCCACCACAACAGCAGCAACAGUGUUCAGUGUACCAGUACCAGCAGCAGCAACAGUGUUCGGUUUAUCAACAGAGAGGCCCUGAGAUCCAGAGAAACCAUUGGAUGGAGACUGUUAGGGAAGAGAGAGUGACAUCAAAUUUCCCACAGUAUCACUCGGGUCACGUUCACCUGCAUCGAUACCAGUUAGUCCCACCUAGACUACACCUGGUCUCCAUGGCAGCUCCAUCUGUUCCUAUGGUAAUGCCCGAUAUCUUCAUUCACCCUCAUUUGCAAGUCUUUCCUCAGCAUGGACUGCGAGCGAUGCAGAGCCACGUCAUGGUGCACAGGGGAUAUCAGGACUUCCUGCAUUUGGAAGAUCAAUUUAGUGACUUAAACCAUGGAGCAACACAAAACACCAUUGAGAGAUGCACGUUCCUGCACAAGUAUGAAAAGAGGACACUGGAGACCAGUGAGGAAAGGAAAGAAGCAUCAGAAGUUGAGGAGAAAUGCACAAUCUGUCUGUCACCGUUGGAGGAGGGAGAAGAUGUAAGGCGUCUCCCUUGUAUGCACCUUUUCCACCAGAUCUGUGUGGAUCAGUGGUUAGCCACUAGUAAGAAGUGUCCAAUUUGUCGAGUAGACAUUGAAGCCCAGAUGCCUGUUGACAUCUAAUUAGCCAUUAGAAAUAAAAAGGUGUUGGUGUUGUUCCUUGAGCAUGCUCGCUUGCAUCUGGAAUAUGCAAGAGGCUGCGGCGGGCUUUGACUGAAGUGCAAAAGGCUGUCCACUACCUGGGCCUGUGUACAGCAGCCAGCUGCUCUUCUGCUGCAGGAAGAACCAUUGCAUAACUGAAGAUCCAAGCUAGGCAGUCACCAGGCAUUGUUCCCAAAUCAGCCUUACAUCAAAGGACCAGCAUACUUCUGUCCCUGUGUUCUCAUCAACUCCUUUGAUUUGUUCAGUAGGACUUACCUGACAGUGUUACUGUAUACUACUCUGAGUUUCAAAUGUCUCCUCGGAUAUAAUAUUCUAGCUGUUUGCAAAUAAUUAAAUUAAGUU